UGAGCCUGUGCCGCCUGUUCCACGUGCAUGCAGCGGCCAUGGGGCUGGGAACACCCCGGCGCCAGCCCCAGUUGUUGCAGCAGCAGCAGCUCCCGGGGCCGCAGUUUCACCGCUCCGGACAGAACCGUCCCUUUGCCCGCUCGGCUCCCUGUGACCGAGCCCCGCCCCGUGGAGGAGGGACGCACACAGCCCGUGGCACCUGCUCGCGCCCAGAGCGAGCCGAGAGGGGCCGGGGCGCGGGGGCCGUUAGGGCGGAGUACCGCCACGGCCGCAGGAAUGCGGGCCGGCCCCGGGCCCCCGCCCCGCCCGCAGAGCAAACACGGCGGGGCCCGGCGGCACCGCGUGGUUCUGCGCCCGACGGGGGCCCCGUGCGGCGGCAGCUCCGGCCGGGUUCCGCUGCCCGUAGGCACCCCGACGGGGAGGGCCCGGCAGCGCGGCCCCGUUUCGCCGGGAGCGGCGGUGCGGGCGGCUGUCCCGUUCCCCCCGGCCAUGAAGGGGCGCGGGCGCGGGCGCGGCGCGGGCGUCGCGCGGCUGCAGCAGCGGCUCGGGGACGCCACGCAAGAGAACGCGCGGCUGCGGCUCAGCCUGCUGCGGUCCGAGGCCGGCGUGUCCCAGCUGCAGGCGGAGCUGGAGCGGCUGCGGGAGGACCUCUGUCGGCGGGCGCAGCGGCGCAGAAGAGAGCAGCAGGCGCUGCGGGAGCUGUCGGAGGAGCACCUGGCCUUCACGAGCUACGUCAGGAUGCUGCAGUCGACGAACGGAAUCCUACGGGAGAGCAACAGGAGCCUGCGCUCAGCCCUGCUGCUAGGCUCCUGGAGGGGCCCUGGAGCGGUUUGGGGGGACAGCUCCUUGUGCCCCUGUCUCCCCACCACGGGCCCCCGGCAGAGCUCAGCCUCCAGCGUGGACACAGCCUCACCCCAUGACGCCGGCAGCUGGAGCUCAGAGGAUGCAUGUUCUGCCAGCCCUGGUCAGGGCACCCAGGACCCCCAGGCAGGCGAAGUGGAGAGGUGCUGCCACCCUGCACAACACUGCUGCAAGAGGAAGCUCUCUGCCUUUGCACCGGAGGGGUCUGGCAUAGGAGAGCAGCCCACAGCCCCCAACCCCGUCUACCGGCUGAUGCUGGCAGGGGACAGCGGUGCAGGCAAGUCCAGCUUCCUGCUGCGCCUUUGCAGGAAUGAGUUCCGAGGUGACAUCUCCUCCACAUUAGGUACCGGGGCUGGGACAGGGGGGCUGGGAUACAGGGAGUGGGGCCUGACAGCUCCCCCGGGCAGGGGUGGACUUCCAGGUGAAGCAGCUGCUGGUGGAUGGGGAGCAAACCACGCUGCAGAUCUGGGACACUGCCGGGCAGGAGAGGCCCACGGCGUGCUGCUCCUCUACGACAUCAGCUCCCAGAGCAGCUUCCUCAGCGUCCGCCAGUGGAUCGAGGACAUCGAGGUAACGGGAGCGACCCAACAGCCCCUGCAGAGCAGGGCUCGAGCCUCGGGGCGUGCCCGGGGAGGAUCCCGGUGCAGCGCGGGCAAAACAAGAGGCAGCUGGAACGUGGGCGGAGCCCCGGGGCGGGCAGCUUUAGGUAGAACGGCAGAACCCCGAGCUGCCCCCGCUCCUACAGGGCGCCGGGACCGUGCUGCCGCUCAUGCUGGUGGGCAACAAGAGCGACCUGCGGGCCGGCCUGCCGGAGGCGGCGGGGGUCUGCACAGCCCAGGGACAGAGGCUGGCUAUGGUGAGCAGCUGCUUCUGGGGGCAGCCCCCGGAGGCCGAGCCCCCCCGACUCCAGCCGCUCUCCAUCCAGGCCCACAACUGCCUCUUCUGCGAGACCAGCGCCAAGGACGGCACGAACGUGGUGGAGGCCGUGCUGCAUCUUGCCCGAGCAGUGAAGAGGACGGCGGCCUCCGGCAGCGGCGCCCGCCUGGAUCUCAGCAUCCCUCCCCCGCGAACCGCCGCGGGCUGCUGCAGGGCCUGAUGCGGGAGGAGCUCCGCGGCCAUCGCCUUCCGCGUCACCCCCUCUCAUCCCCGCCGCGAUUCCAGGCCCUCACUACAGCCGCUGCCACCGUAUCCGCAGUGCUCCGCUGCCUUCAUUCCUCGGGGCUUCCAGAGCGACCCCUCCCGGCUCCGGCGUUCCCCUCGGGGCUUCCAGAGCCGGGGCCGCGGAGACCCCGCAGCGCCAAUUCCUCCCCCGACCCCGAUCUCUGUGUCUCACCCUGAGGACACUCUCCCGG